AGUUCUGUGCAAGCGGGAGUCUGGCUGCCCUUCUGGAGGUCGAAAGGCUGCUGCAGGAAGAGCACGAUCCGUGUGAGCAAGGGUGGAAGACUUCAGCACGGCUUCUGCAAGAACGGGAGGGCCCUUUGUGCAAGGCAUAGCGCCGGUGCCAGCCACUUACCUUCCAUUGUGCCGAGAUACGCUCCCCCUGCCCCCACUUGGCACCCGAUGGACCUUGGACCCAGUCAAUGCCUUGCCCUUCCAUACCCCCCACUCCUUAUCCCGCCUCCGGCAACCCUGGUUAGUUCCUCAAGUUAAAUCUGCUGUCCCGGCAGCUUUCUUUUCUCUUUAUUUCCAAGCCUGUGGCUGCAAGGACAGAAAGGGAAGCUGAGCCGGAAACGGGAUGGCUAACCCAACCGGUUCUGGGGUGACAGCCCAGGACGACCCCCCUGCGGCGACGACACCCAACGGUAACUCUCACCAGCCCCCUGAGGACUCCAUGAAACUGAAGAAGGAAAUCUCCCUGCUCAAUGGGGUGUGCUUGAUUGUGGGCAACAUGAUCGGCUCGGGCAUCUUCGUCUCGCCCAAGGGCGUGUUGGUCUACAGUGACUCCUACGGUCUUUCCCUCGUCGUCUGGGCGGUGGGGGGCCUCUUUUCGGUUUUUGGGGCUCUCUGCUACGCCGAGCUCGGCACCACCAUCAAAAAAUCCGGGGCCAGCUACGCUUAUAUCUUGGAAGCCUUCGGGGAGCUGCCAGCCUUCAUCCGUCUCUGGACGUCCCUCCUCAUCAUUGAGCCCACCAGCCAAGCCGUGAUCGCCAUCACCUUUGCUAAUUACCUGGUGCAACCUUUCUUCCCGUCCUGCGAGGCGCCGUACCUGGCCGGCCGACUCUUGGCCGCCGCCUGCAUCUGCUUACUCACUUUUGUGAACUGUGCUUAUGUGAAAUGGGGCACCCGGGUACAGGAUUCGUCCACCUAUGCCAAGGUUCUAGCUCUCAUCGCCGUGAUCAUCGCUGGCAUCAUUCGCAUUGGGCAAGGACACUCUGAGAACUUUGCUGACUCUUUUGAAGGCUCCUCUUGGCAUGUGGGAAACAUUGCGUUGGCCCUUUACUCAGCUCUCUUCUCCUAUUCUGGAUGGGACACCCUCAAUUUCGUCACAGAGGAAAUUAAGAACCCUGAAAGGAACCUCCCUCUGGCCAUCGGCAUCUCCAUGCCCAUCGUCACGGUCAUCUACAUCAUGACCAACGUGGCGUAUUACACGGUGCUGAGCAAGACCGAGAUCCUGGCCAGCGAGGCCGUCGCCGUGACCUUCGGCAGUGAGGUAUUCGGAGUUAUGCAGUGGGCCAUCCCGCUUGCUGUGGCGCUGUCGUGUUUGGGAGGCCUCAACGCCUCCAUCUUAGCAGCUUCCAGGUUGUUCUUUGUGGGUUCCCGCGAGGGGCAUCUCCCGGACGCCAUCUGCAUGAUCCACGUUUGGCGGUUCACACCUGUGCCGGCCCUGCUGUUUAAUGGCGCCAUGUCUCUGGUUUACCUUUGUGUAGAGGACAUUUUUCAGCUCAUCAAUUACUAUAGCUUCAGCUAUUGGUUUUUCGUGGGCCUGUCCAUCGCCGGCCAGCUCUACCUCCGCUGGAAGGACCCGUCCAAAGAGCGCCCCCUCAAGCUGAGCAUCGUCUUCCCCAUCAUCUUCUGCCUUUGCACCAUCUUUCUGGUAGCUGUCCCCCUCUACAGUGACCUGGUCAAUUCUCUCAUCGGCAUCAGUAUAGCUGUUUCUGGCCUCCCUGUGUACUACUUAGUGGUUCGAGUACCGAAGACGAAGAGACCCCGGUGCCUACGUAAGGCUGUGGCCUCCAUCACCCGGUUCCUCCAGCUGGUGACCUUAUCCGUCCUGACAGAGCAAGAUCCUAUCACCGACAUCAAAUCGAAGUGAUGGAAGAACAUUGCCACCAGGGGGGGAAAAGCCGGCUUCCCCCCCCCCCCGCCCCGUUUACCUUUUGUAACGGACUCUCUUCCGAGACCUCUAAUUUAUUAUUUGUUACUUCCUUGGGAGUUGGGGGUGAGGGUCAUCCCAGGAGCUGAAGGACUUUGCCCAUCUUCCCGUCUUGUCCAUGUCGAUCGCCAGAUGCGCCCUACCGGCGGCGUCCCAAUAAACCCUCAGCCUUCC